CUUAUGCUGAUAAAAACCGUAUUCAUAGAUGAUAAAUGAUAAUUCUGAAUUAAUUCUAAGUGCAUAAAUUGUGAUUUAUUUGUUGAUUUUCGAAGUUCACUCAAAUAAUUAUUAUUUAUUAUUAUAUACAACUUCAAUAAAAAGGUAAAAUGACUUUUCCUGUACUAACUGUCAAGUAUAUACAAAACUGCUUCAAACUAUUAAUAAGUCCUCAGAAUAUAAAAAAAUUUUCAUCAAAACUUGUUGAAGAUGACUUAAAGGUAACUGAAGAAUGUAUAAAACGUCUCCAAACCAUAUGUGAUCAAGAUGAAUUUCUUCGGUUGAGCGUUGAAAGUGGUGGCUGUUCUGGAUUUCAGUACAAGUUUGAAUUAGACACAAAUAUUUCUAAAGAUGAUUGUGUAUUUGAUAAGCAAGGUAUUAAAAUAGUGGUGGAUUCAACUUCUUUAGAAUGUGUCAAAGGAUCAACAGUGGACUAUGAACAACAGUUAAUUAGAUCUGCUUUCAAAUUAGUUGGGAAUCCUAAAGCACAAGAUGGUUGUUCAUGUGGUGCAUCUUUUUCUAUAAAAAUGGACUGAAUAUUUUAGAUUGGACUCUAUUUUUCUGUGGUGCAGUAUUUACUUUGAAUAAAUCUGAAAGACGACUGAAAGAUACAAAUUAAGCAAAAACAAUCAUGGUUUAAAGACAUAUUUGAAGAAACUAAUAAAAUAAAAAAUCAAAAAGAAAAAACCAUUAAGUGUCAAAAAGAGGAAGUUUUUAGUAAAUACCUAUACCUGGAAAAAUUAUUGUUAAUUUUAAUUGUAUAAUUGUAUUAUUGUAAAUAUUAUUUAUUUUAUAAAAAAUAAGGACUGGAACUCGCUAUUUUUAAACAAAAAUGUUUAUCAAUCAGUCGAUAUAUUUUAUAGUAAAAUCGAUAAUUCUAUAUUACGCUCAACUACUGAAAUUGUAAGAAAAUUCAAUAAUAAAAAAAACUUAAACCAAAACAAUGGAUUACAACCAGUGGCGUACAUUCUAUCUUGCUCUGGA